GCUCGCAGACAGCCGUCAUGGACCAGUAACCGGGGGAAACGGCGGAGGCAUAUCAGGACCGCAUGCUGGCUUUGAUCAAAGAAGCCAAGCAGCGGGCGGAUGCAGUAGCAGCCGCAAAGAAGAAGAAGGCGGAGGAUGCCGAGCAGGCACGACUGCUAGCUCUUGAACAGCAGCGUCUGCAGGCCGAGGCAGCAGCGAAGGCUGCAGAUGAAGAACGAUUGAAGCGGCGUGAGAAGAUUUUCAGCGGGGAGCAAGCAUUACUCACAUUGGCAGCGGAAUGGYGAAYUGAGGCGGAGACAGGGAAGAUGGAGGAGAGCGAGACCAAGAUUGCCCUCCUCCUCUCCCAUCUCACGGACCUCCUGGCGACAUGCAUCGCGCAGCAGGAGGACAUUCACAGCCUCGAUGUCGAAGUCAAGAGUGUUCGCAGCCGCCCGCACCUCGUCAGCGAGUGCAAGCACCACGCGUACUUAUACUCCCGGUCGGGAGGCGCAUGCCAGGCAUGGCUGGACAAUCUCUUGUCCCAAUACGGGGUGGUCGCUGCCGAGUUACACACGAAGAUCAGUUGGGAAGACCUCAAGGCGGCGUGGCACAAGCGGUUCCAAGUGGAGCCGCCGGAGAUCAAGGCCAUGGACAAGCUCAUGACCUUCGAGCAAGGCUCGCUGCCAAGCGUCGACUGGAUUGCCGAGUACCAACGCUUGACAUCCGUCCCAGGUCUCCCGAUGGGCUUCAAAGCCAUCAAGCACUACUUCAUUUCGAGGUCGUGCCCGACGUUGAGCAACGCCUUGACGCAUGUCGAGGACUCACUGACAACGAUGGCGCAACUUUUCGACAAGGCCGCACAGAUUAUCAUCACGAACAAGGAGGCGAAGAACCUCACUCGUGCUGCGGCAAGCCCGAGUAAGGAUCAGCAUCGACCCAAGGUGGCCGUGGUUGCGGCGGCAUCGCCAAGCAGCCAAUCUAGCGAGGCGGAGUCUGCCAAUGAAAGAGACGGACUCGCAGCUGCCCAGGAUGGUGGCCGCCCCGGCCGAGGCCGAGGACGCGGCAAAUCGAAGACAAACACCACAUCAAACCCCGGCGGGGUGCCCUACCAAGGGGAAGGGCAAGCAGGGAAACUGAGCGCCGCCGAGAGUGAGUCGACGACACUCUGGACGCCCUCGGAAUCGGUUUCUUCGCGAGUGACCGGCCUUCAUUCCGGGGCGCAUGCGGAAGUCAACAGUCCUCUUCUCUAUUCUUUUGAGGACUAUGCUGCCCGGCUCGUUCCGGCGCUGGGAUCUUUUGCUCAAGGACAAGACGUGUGUGCGGCAUCUUCUCCGUCCGACAAUGGUUCUUCUUCGUCUUCAAGUGGUUCUUCACGGGAUUCGGCGUGCGGGUUCAACAUAGAGGAAUUGGACCCGCUCAAGUUUGGGGAUUUCGCAUGGCUUCCUCUCCCGACCACGGGCCGCUUACCGGGACCGCAAUGCGCAACACUCUGUGCCCAUCUUCACAAGUAUUUGUCCUUCUAUGCACCACCAACUUCGCCGACGGAUGACGAGGUCGCGGUGGGGGACAUCUUGGCAUAUGUUACCAAGGUGGCCCGCGAGUUUCGCACGCAGCGGUACGACGACAAUAAUGCACCGCUGAUGUAUGUCCGCAUCCAAGUUGGGCAGGCGUCCUGCAGCGCUUUGCUGGAUAGCGGCGCGACUCGCAACUUCAUGAGCCAAGCUUUUAUGCAAAGGGCUAGCCUCGGCGCGCAGGUUCGGAGGAAGGCAAACCCGACGGCGAUCAAGUUGACGGAUGGAAAGACGCAGCAACUWCUCGACCGUUACAUCGAGGCCGUACCGGUGUACUUCGCACCUCAUGCAUACGAACCGGUCAUGUUCGACAUCUUGGACACGGACUUCGAUAUCAUUCUGGGAAUGCCUUGGCUUGCAAGUGCGGAUCACACGGUCAACUUUCACCAGCGGACUCUCACCGUUCGCGACGCCUUCGGCGCCGAGGUGCCGUGUACUAUUCCUCUUCCUCACCCUUCGAUCCGGUGCCAAGUCGUGACGGCCAAAUCGUUCCGAACUACAUGUGCAUAUGAGCAACCCGAAGAGAUAGGCCUAUGUUUCUUGCGGACUAGCGCAGUAGCCGACUCUUCACCAUCGGACUUGUCUUCGGACCUCCGCAUGGUACGGCUGCUUGAUGAGUUCGCCGACAUCUUCGAGUCACCUACCGGUGUGGUGCCGGAUCGGCCGAUCUCUCACGAGAUCAUUCUUGAGGCCGGUGCCGUGCCGCCGAAAGGUUGCAUCUAUCGGAUGAGCGAGGAGGAACUGGAGGUCCUUCGCGCACAACUCGACGACUUGUUGGCCAAGGGCUGGAUCCGCCCUAGCAGCUCCCCAUAUGGAGCACCAGUUUUCUUCGUAAGGAAGAAGAACAAGGAUCUACGUCUGUGCAUCGACUACCGCAAGCUCAACGCGCAAACUGUGAAAAAUGCGGGGCCUCUUCCUCGUAUCGACGAUCUUCUUGAGCGACUGGGCGGUGCUAAGUUCUUUUCCAAGUUGGACUUGAAGUCGGGGUAUCAUCAGAUUUCGAUACGCCCGAAUGAUUGCUACAAGACCGCAUUCAAGACGCGGUAUGGGCAUUUUGAGUGGGUGGUCAUACCUUUUGGCCUCACCAAUGCCCCGGCAACCUUCCAGGCGGCCAUGACCCACGAGUUCCGUGUAUGUUGGAUCGGUUCGUGCUGGUCUACCUAGACGACAUUCUCGUCUACAGCCGGACUCUGGAGGACCAUCUUGAGCAUCUUCGACGUGUGUUGGAGACGCUCCGUCGUGCCAAGUACCAAGCCAACCGCGA